ACGAUUAGAGAGGUUGUGAUUGUGAAUGAUUAAUAUUCUUUUCUUUUAAAAGUUUCAUCACUGAAAAUAUUUAUUCUAUUUGAAUCAAUGUAAUCACAUGCAAGGGAUAAAAUUAUUUCCACUUGAUGAGAACUGACAGUCGUAAUCUCUCAAAUAUACAUAAAAACUUAAAAAUCCUUAAAACUCUCUGGCCACCACUUCUCGUAGAGAGUAGAGGGAAAAAAAUGUGGCAAGUUUCAUUUUCGCUUCCUGCAUUGGCAUUGUUUUCGAGCGGCAAUGUGGUUUGCUGCUGCUGCUGGCCAAGUAAAAUCUGAUAGAUCUAGAUUUGACGCCUUCUUACCCCUGUAAACCCGACUUCAAGUUAUGGCGUCCUUUAUUGUUCUGACAGAAGAACAGCAAAGAUUGCAGAGAGAGGCCCCUCCUGAGGCCGUGCUGCGCUGUCUGACGUCCGAACUCGGCUGUCUCACCCGACAGGAUGGUUCUGCCAGCCUGUCACAAGGGGACACAACUGUAACUGCAGUGGCCUACGGCCCUGCAGAAGUGAGGAUGGCUCGAGAGAGAAUUGACCGAGCUACUGUGGAGGUGGUGUAUAAGCCGAAAGUGGGCCUCCCAAGACCCGUAGACAGGAAGAAAGAAAACAUAAUUCGGAACACGCUGGAAAGUGCUAUCAUGGGCAGUGCUCAUCCACGCUCUGCUAUUUCUGUUAUCAUUCAAGAGACGGAAGACUUGGGUUCAAAUCUUGCUUGCUGCAUCAAUGCAGCUUGCCUCGCCUUGCUGGACGCAGCCGUCGGUUUAAACUUCAUGGUGGCAGCUGUUGCCUCCGCUGUCAUGGAGGAUGGGAAGAUUGUGACUGACCCAGAGAAAAAGGUGGAAGAGAAAGCCGUGGCGGUUAUGACAUUUGUGUUUGAGAGCGUGGACCAUAAGCUCGUAUCAGUUCUGACCUAUGGCAAGUUUACUCAGGAGCAGUACAAGGUGUGUCGAGAUCUGUGUCGUCAGACAGCUCAGAGUGUGUUUGCUUUUUACAGAGAGUCCUUGGAAAAGAAGUUAUUAAAAACUGUUUGAAUUUCUGAA